UUCUCAGACAAGGAAUAUUUGGGCGUUUGUCAUUGGCAUUGGAAAAGGACUGCGUAAUAUCUGUCAUACUCCUGUUAUUUUCCUUUUUUAUUUCAAUUGUUUCAUCACUUGUUUUUGUUUUUAGUUCAGUUUUUUCUCUUCACUUUCUAGCAACGGAGUUCAAACUUUUAUUCCUAUUGAUUUUGGUAAGUUCAACUUCCAACCAACAGUGGCUGCAACUUCUAUGGUCUACAACUCCAACGGAAGGAAGGGAAAAAAUUUAAGCCACAGGUGAAGUUACCCCCUCUCUCUGGCAUUUUAUGCGCUGAUUUGAAUGAACCACUACAAUUUAAUUGGUAAAAGCUGCUCUUUUCUCUUGGUAGGUCUGCUCCUUUCCUUUGCCCCCAAUUUUCAAAGGUUUUGAUUUGGAAGAGGAAGCACUAUUAUAGUGGAGAUCUGGGACUUGUUUUGUCUCUUAUGCCCUAUGAGGACUUUCUUCACAGCGGAAUCAUGUAAAGAAGCACAUCCUAAUGCUUUAAAUCCACAAUCCUGGCUCCAAGUUGAAAGAGGCAAGCUUCCCAAGUUGUCAUCGCAGUCCUCAUCUUCAUCAAUAGAAUCUCUAAUCAAGGUCCCACAGCCACCUAUACUCCCAUUCUUCAAGCCUGUCGAUUAUGUGAAAUUUUUGGCUCAAAUUCAUGAAGAACUUGAGCUCUGCUCUCCGCAGGAGCAGUCAAAUCUGUUUUUGUUACAGUACCAGGUCUUUAGGGGCAUGAGGGAUGUUAAACUGAUGCGAAGAAGCCUCCGGUCAGCUUGGCAGAGAGCAAACACUGUUCAUGAGAAGAUUAUAUUUGGAGCAUGGCUCAAGUAUGAGAAGCAAGGGGAAGAAUUAGUUGCUCAGUUGCUAACAGCUUGUGGUAAAUGUGAAAGGGAAUUUGAACCCAUAGAUGUAGAAUCUCAUAUUUCUUUUGACAAAGUUAUAAUAUCCCAGGAUAGAGUUUCCAUGAAUGGGAACCACACUUCACAAUAUGUAAUCUUUACAAUCGGAGAUGAGAAGAUAGUCUGUGAUAGACAAAAGAUUUCUGAACUUUCAGCACCAUUUCAUGCCAUGCUGAAGGGGUGUUUCAGGGAAUCGCUUUCUGAGACCAUCGAUUUGUCUGAAAACAACAUCUCUCCUUCAGGUAUGAGGGCAAUAAACUAUUUUAGCUUGACUGGAAGUUUGCUUGAUGUCCCUCAAAAUCUUUUGGUGGAGAUAUCAGUUUUUGCAAACAAGUAUUGUUGCGAAAGACUAAAACUGGCUUGUGAUAGAAAACUUGCAUCCUUAGUUUCCUCCAGAGAAGAUGCAUUGGAACUCAUGGAAUAUGCUGUGGACCAGAAUUCAUCCGUGCUUGCGGCUUCUUGUGUACAAGUUCUUUUACGCGACAUUCCCAACUGCUUGAGUGACAAUAGGGUUGUGGAGUUAUUUAUUCAUGCCAAUAGGAAGGAGUUGGAAGUGAUGGUUGGGCCUGGUAUAUUUGCACUUUUUUGUUUCUUAAGCGAAGUUUCUAUGAACCUUAGUUCUAGUUCGGACACAACAGCUCAUUUCCUGGAACGGUUGGUAGAUUUUGCUGAAAAUGACAUGCAGAGAAUGGUGGCAUUUCAUGAAUUGGGAUGUGCAAGGCUUUCAAGGAAAGAAUAUGAUGAAGCCUAUGGUGUUUUUGAGAGGGCUGCAAAUGCAGGCCAUAUUUAUUCCGUUGCAGGUUUAGCUAGAGUGGACUCUAUAAAGGGUGAGAAGCUUUUACCUUAUCAGAAGAUAAGCUCAGUCAUUUGUUCUGGCACUCCACUUGGAUGGAUGUACCAGGAAAGAUCACUGUACUGUGAUGGUGAUGUGAGGUGGAAAGACCUUGAGAAAGCAACUGAACUGGACCCGACUCUUGUAUAUCCCUACAUGUAUAGGUCUGCCACUUUAAUGAGGACAGAAAAUGUUGAAGGUGCAUUGUCUGAAAUCAACCGGAUUCUUGGCUUCAAACUUUCAUUAGAAUGCUUGGAACUACGGUUUUUCAUCUAUCUGGUCCUUGAGGACUACAAAGCAGCGCUUCGAGAUGUUCAAGCAAUUCUUACCCUGUGUCCAUCUUAUAAAAUGUUUGAAGGGCGUGUAGCUGCAUCUCAGCUCUGUACUCUUGUGCGUGAGCAUGUUGAACAUUGGACAACCGCAGAUUGUUGGGCACGAUUAUAUGACUGUUGGUCUGCUGUUGAUGAUAUCGAGUCUCUUUCUGUCAUCUACCAGAUGCUUCAAUCUGAUGCCGCCAAAGGUGUUCUAUACUUCAGACAGUCGUUGCUUCUCCUGAGGCUAAGCUGUCCUGAGGCAGCCAUGAGGAGUUUACAGUUAGCUUGGGAACAUGCAUCAAGUGAGCACGAAAGGCUUGUGUAUGAGGGGUGGAUCUUGUAUGAUUCAGGACAUUACGAAGAAGGGAUCCAAAAAGCUGAAGAGUCUAUUGCUAUUAAAAGGUCUUUUGAGGCCUACUUCCUAAAAGCCUAUGCAUUGGCUGACUCUAGUGUAGAUUCAUCAUGUUCUUCAACUGUGAUUUCACUUCUGGAAGAUGCCUUGAAGUGUCCUUCGGAUAAUCUGCGCAAGGGUCAGGCUCUGAACAACCUUGGGAGUGUUUAUGUUGAUUGCGGGAAACUAGAGGCAGCAGAAGAUUGCUAUGUGAAGGCCCUUAAAAUCCAGCACACGCGAGCCCAUCAGGGUCUUGCUCGUGUUCAUUUUCUGAGAAAUGACAAGGGUGCUGCUUUGAAGGAAAUGACGAAUCUUAUUGAGAAGGCAAGAAACAAUGCUUCAGCUUACGAGAAGAGGUCUGAAUAUGGUGAUCGUGAACUCACAAAGGCUGAUCUGGAGAUGGUCACUAGAUUAGACCCUCUUCGGGUGUAUCCUUAUAGAUAUCGAGCAGCAGUUUUGAUGGACAACCACAAGGAAGAGGAAGCCAUUGCUGAACUCUCCAGAGCAAUUGCAUUUAAAGCUGAUUUGCAUCUGCUGCAUCUGCGUGCAGCUUUCCAUGAACACAAGGGAGAUGUCUUAAGUGCUUUGAGAGAUUGUCGUGCUGCACUCUCUGUGGAUCCAAAUCAUCAGAAAAUGUUGGAACUUCACUGUCGUGUUAAUAGUCACGAGCCAUGAGUCAAGAACAUGAGUUUUACCAGAUGAAAAAGGAAUUUGUAAAUGAAAAGUAUAGUUAAAGUAGGAUUUAAUUUAACCAUUAUUAGGGUGGCCGAAAUUUUGUUAUUUAUAUUCUAUCUUCCUUGAGUUUUUCAUUUCGCACACAUGCUCCAGGUGUUGGACUUAAUGCAUUGUUUUCUUUAAACA